UCUCCCGGCAUGCUCUCCUGUAGGCCAAGGAGAAGAAGAAGAAGCGUCAUGAUGGAAUCUAACGUGACAAAACCUUCGUCAGUCCAGAGUAAUAAAGUCUAAGACGUCCAUGUUUCUUCACCGGAGCUUCUUUACGAUCCGAGCCCGCUAGUAACAGCGAGAGAGCGAACUCUACAGCGGAGAUUGUCGGACCCGUCCCAAAGGUAAACUGACCACCUGGUCUCCCGUCACGGCAGGUUUAACGGGUCACCAUGGCGACGGACAUCGGAUCACCACAGCGGUUCUUCCACAUGCCGCGCUUCCAGCACCAAGCGCCACGACAGGUGUUCUACAAGAGGCCCGACUUCGCCCAGCAGCAGGCCAUGCAGCAGCUCACCUUCGACGGGAAACGCAUGAGGAAGGCCGUGAACCGCAAGACCAUCGACUACAACCCGUCUGUCAUCAGACACCUGGAGAAUCGUUUGUGGCAGCGAGACCAUCGAGACUUCAGAGCCCUUCAGCCGGACGCAGGAUGUUACAACGAGCUGGUUCCUCCUGUGGGAAUGUGCACCAACCCAAUGAACGCCGUCACCACAAAGUUUGUCCGAACCUCCACCAACAAAGUCAAGUGUCCCGUGUUUGUGAUCAGGUGGACUCCUGAAGGCCGUCGUCUGGUCACUGGGGCCUCCAGUGGAGAGUUCACUCUGUGGAACGGACUCACCUUCAACUUUGAGACCAUUCUACAGGCCCACGACAGUCCGGUCCGGGCCAUGACCUGGUCUCAUAACGACAUGUGGAUGCUGACGGCGGACCACGGUGGCUACGUGAAGUACUGGCAGUCCAACAUGAACAACGUGAAGAUGUUCCAGGCUCACAAGGAGGCCAUUAGAGAAGCCAGUUUUUCUCCAACAGAUAAUAAAUUUGCCACCUGCUCCGACGACGGGACGGUUCGGAUCUGGGACUUCAUGCGCUGCCACGAGGAGAGGAUCCUCAGAGGUACACCAGCACCUGUUACUGCCACGAUACGUUAGCCUGAGCUCACACUGAGCUCACCUAGAGUCACCUGAGCUCACCUACACUCACCUAGACUCACCUGAGCUCACCUAGACUCACCUGAGCUCACCUAGGCUCACCUAGACUCACCUAGACUCACCUGAGCUCACCUAGACCUCAGUGUAUGAAAACUGAAAUGAUGAAGAAAAGAAUCAAUAUAAAAACUGAUGAAAUAUAGAAAUA